CAUCCCCUAAACCUUAAGCUUAUUUUUCUUGUAGGGUUUAAGCGCGUUGUGAAUUUCGGGCAACCGUAGAAGACUACUAGUCUUCCAUGGAGACUAUCGUUGCAUCAAUCUGGAGCAGUUUCCGGCGGGUACCUCCGGCUGCGAUUCCGGCUAUGAUGGAUUGUAUACUCGCUGCCACCGCCGUAUCUCCAUCUUCACUUUUCUCUGACCUUGCCAAUGAAUUUCCCAAUCUCAUUAAGGUUAUUGAACAAGAAAGUGAAAUGGUGGAGAGUGAGUGGCGUAACUGUGUUUUGACCUAUGUUGCCGCCCUUUCUCACUUCCUAAAGAAGUCUGGUACUCAUCACAUGCAUACGUUUGUUUGGAAAGUGUGGAUUCCUUUAUUGAAGUUAACACAUACAUAUGACUACGAGCUAUUUAAUGAGGUUACAAGUUUGUUCCUUGAUGUUAUAAUCGGAACAGACAGCUGGGAGGUUCUUGAAGAAACGGUGGUGCCUCUCAUGUUAAGAUCAAUUGGCCAAUCAAUGGGAGUAUUUAAAAGUGCAGAGUUGGCAAUAUAUAACUGGAGCGGCCAUACUAUUUUUGAGCGUUCCAUUGACAAGGAUUUGAGCUCAAAAUCUUUCGAUAAUUCUCGCCGCAAAUUGACUGAAAAGUAUAUACCUACAGAUUUUUCAGUUUCUAACUCAUAUGAUUUUCCAUUAUCUAUGUCUUGUAAUACAUUAACUUUGACUCUGGAUGCUGCUCUUCGGAAUAAACACGAAGGAAUUGUUUCUGGGUCAACCUCAACAAAUGGGUCCCAAGCAAUUUUGUUUGCUGGGAAUAUGCUAUGGGACCUUUGUAAUCUGAGUCUUCAAAUGCUUUCUCAAAGUUUUGAGCAUCGAUCUUCGGCGAUCAGAUUUCUUCUUCCAUUUAUAUUUAAAUCAUUUGCACAUAAUCAUAGCUUCCAAGUUGCAGCUCCUGGGACGCCUCGUGUAUUGACCAGGAAGGAAUUUUUUAUGAAAAUAUGGAAAUGUUGUAAGUUAUUAUUUUCUCUGGGGUCAUUGGAGAGAAGAGAUGCUUAUGAUAUACUUUCUCUAUAUUUAUCCUCUUCAUCAACUGAUGAACUUAAAGAUGUGAGUGGAAGAGAGGAGAUAAAUGAGUUAAAAUCUGACCAAGGAUUUUGGGACGAAAUAAAGAGAGGCUUGCUUGACAAGGAGAACUCAGUGAGGAAGCAUUCAUUGUAUAUAGUAAAAACUACUUUAACCUUGAGCAAUGAAGGGAAAUGCUUCUCUGGUGUUUUGGAGGAAGUAGCAGAUGAGAGUGGUUCCGAAUCUCGCAUGAUAGGCAAAAAAGGGAGGUGGGCGGACAAAGAGGCGCAGUCAUUGGGCGUUGGGAAAAUAUGCAAUCAAAACGAAUUAAAUUUUACUGGCUGGCAUAGGUGGGAGGCAUUUUUUUUUCUGUAUGAAAUGCUUGAAGAAUAUGGUACGCAUUUGGUUGAAGCAGCUUGGAAUCACCAGAUUAUGCUUUGGCUUCGGUCUUUGUUUUCAUCGGAGAGUUCUGUAAACUCUGUUAACGAAGAGCUCUAUCAUAAUCAGAUGGGGACUGCCGAUCAAAUUUUUCAAUGGUUAGCAAUCUUAUGGGAACGUGGCUUUUGCCAUGAUAAUCCUCAAGUACGAUGCCUUGUCAUGCAGUCGUUUUUGGCUGUUGAGUGGGAGAACUAUGGAGGCUGCGUUAAAUUAGUGCCAAAAGAUUUUAUUAUUGGUCCACUCAUACGAGGGUUAAAUGAUCCCGUGCACCACAAAGAAUUCGGUGUGAAAGAAGUCUACUCUUCAUCGAUUAUAAAAGCUGCAGCUAGAUUUAUGUGUCAAUAUGCCAGUUAUAUGAAAGAGAGGCAGCAUGUUUCAUUCUUGAUCGAUUUGUCAUCUGUUCCCAAAUCUCAUUCUUUUGGACGGGCUGGGUUGAUUUGCCUUGUGGAGUGCAUUGCUUCGGCUGCUUGUGGAAAUUCGAGACAUAAUUAUCAUGACAUUAAUCAAUUUAUUCAUGCUACUGAUGGCAUCUUAGUUGAAUCUGCUCCAAACUCUUGUCAAAUUGAUAGAGCUGACUUACUGGAUGUUCUACGGUUUGUUCUCGAGUGUGGUAAACAACAUUUUAACCCUAAAUACCGUCUUCGAGUUUGUGAAAAGAUUUUAGCAGCUGCUGCUUCCAUGAUGACUGGAAGCGAUGUUCCACUGGAGAUUCUUUUUCACUUCAUUUCUGGUGUGCCUCGUGAAUACACUGAUCAUGGUGGUUCAUUGAGAUAUGCAGUUCAAAAAUGGCUUCGUUGUCCUAAUAUGCAGCUUCUGAAGGCUAUUGAUGGAUUUCCUAGUAACUUUAUCAGUAAUCAGCAUCCACUCGACUCCUCUCUUUUUACAUAUGAUGACGAAGAAUUGGAGGCAUGGGGAUCCGAAGCAAAACGUUGGGCUCGAGUUCUUUUUCUUGUAGCCGAGGGCAGAGAACACUUUGACCCAAUCCUGAAGUUCAUUCAAGACCAAGGUGAUGAGGUCUGCAAACAGAAGAACUAUUCAGAGUGGGUGGCCGUGAAAUUUUUCAUUCUCAUUUCCAGUUUGGUUGAGGAACUUCAAGUAAUCCAAGAGAGAACUGCUAUUUGUCGAGUGACAAAAAAAAUGGAUAGAGAACUUGUUCGUAGUCUAGUAGACAAUCCGAGUUUCACUGAAGAAUCAAUCAUUUUUGACAAGUUUGCUGCAGUGUUAUUCUCGUUUUUGGAAGAACUGGUCUCGUUUGCCAAAUUAUCAUGUUCCUUUUUUUGGUCGGGUGUCAUAACAGAGGACAUGAUGCUGCCAAGUUCUAUUAGAGGGAAACUAGGGGGCCCAAGUCAACGACGCCUGUCGUCUUCUCUAUGUACUUCUGUUGUGGAAGCUAUAACAUGCAUAAAGACUCUUGCAUAUGUAAUGAGGUGGUGUGAACAGUUUAGAACAGGUGUUCUGACAAAUUCUGCUCAAACCUUCCUCUGGAAAUUCUGCUGGAAGACUAUUACAACUCCAGCACCUAAAUCGGAGGUUGAAGCAGAAAUAUGCUUAGCUUCAUAUGAAGCAUGUGCAUACACUUUGAAAGAUUUGGGGUUUGUGUUCUCUCCUCUAUCAUUGGAUCUUGUCACAAGCACUAACAAAUCAUUUCCAUCAGAAACAGAUGGCAAAUCAAUGUUGGAUGUAUUUGUUAGUGCAUUUGUAUAUAAUAUUGAUAAUGUUAUUGAUGGGGGGCAAUUGGCACGGACGAGAAGGGCAGUUCUAAUGAAUUCGAAGUGGAGCUGUCUAGAAUCCCUCUUGUCAUUACCAAAUUAUGCACUUCGCAAUGGAGUUCAGCGGAAUACGUGUAAAUCUUUCUUCUCAGACACAACUGUAACACGAAUAUUUGGUGAUCUUGUUGGAAGCCUUGAAAAUGCCGGGGAAGUUUCAAUCUUGCCCAUGCUUAGAUCAGUCAGAUUAAUCAUGGAAUUGUUUCAUUCAAAAGAAAUGGAUCUAUCGAUUUCCUCCUCUAGUGGAGUAACUGUUGAGAUGAUGUGGCUUUUGGUUCGUUCUUCAUGGAUAUUGCAUAUCAAUUGCAACAAAAGGAGGGUAGCUCCUAUUGCUGCACUUUUAUCCUCUCUGUUGCAUUAUUCAGUUUUUGGGCAAGGACACAUGCAUGAAUCUAACAAUGUUCCUGGGCCUUUAAAGUGGUUUGUUGAGAAAAUCCUAGAGGAAGGCACAAAAAGCCCGCGUACUAUUCGUCUUGCCGCACUACAUUUAUGUGGGCUGUGGCUGGCUUAUCCAAAUACGUUAAAAUACUAUAUUAAAGAGCUGAAGCUGUUAACAUUUUAUGGUUCUGUUGCUUUUGACGAGGAUUUCGAAGCUGAACUAGCUGAAAAUUGUGAUGCAAGGACUGAAAUUUCAGUUUUAUCAAGAAGCUUAGAUCCUGAGUUAGUUGAUGUGUUCAUCAAUACAGAGUUGUAUGCCCGUGUAUCUGUUGCUGUUUUGUUUUCCAAACUUGCGGACAUGGCUGGCUUAGACGAAUCUACCAAUAGAAAAGAGGAGAGCAUUUCUAUUAUUGCAUCUGGAAAGAUGUUUUUGCUGGAGCUUCUCGAUUGUGUGGUAAAUGACAAAGAUCUGUCUAAGGAGUUGUAUAAAAAGUAUAGUGCGAUUCAUAGGCGGAAAGUUCGUGCAUGGCAGAUGAUAUGUUCAUUGUCACGAUUUGUUGACUUAAGUAUUGUUGAACAAGUAACAUCUUGCUUGCACACAUCAAUUUUUAGGAACAAUUUGCCUUCAGUUCGACAAUACUUGGAAACUUUUGCUAUCUACAUAUAUUUGAAAUUCCCUUCACUGGUUGACCAACAAUUGGUUCCUGUGCUAAGGAAUUAUGAAAUGCGUCCUCAGGCUCUGUCAUCAUAUGUAUUCAUAGCAGCUAAUGUCAUUCUCCAUGCAAAGAAUGAGACUCAAUUUGGACACUUAGAUGAACUACUUCCUCCUAUAGUUCCAUUGAUGACCUCUCAUCAUCACACUUUACGUGGAUUUACACAGAUAUUGGUGUAUCAAGUUCUUCAGAAGUUGCUUGAUUCAAAUUCCAGUGCUGCUAGCAUGUCUUUGGAGAGGAGGUGCUUUAUGGAUUUGAGAUACUAUUUGGCACAUAACUCGGAUUGUGCACGGUUAAGAUCUUCCAUGGAAAGCUAUCUUGAUGCCUUUGAUCCAGUGAAGUCUGUAUCACCUGCUGGAAUUUUUACUAACAGGGUCGAGGAGGUUGAAUUUGAAUGUGUUCCAACUACACUUAUGGAUCGAGUCAUUAAUUUUCUCAAUGAUACUAGGGAAGAUCUUAGAUCAUCAAUGGCUAAAGAUGCAGCUGCGAUCAAGAAUGAGAGCAUUCGCAUUGAUGGAAGUCCUAAGAGUAGUAAAAUAUUGAACUCCAACGGAGAGCAAUCCGUAGGUCAGCUGGACAAAGAACUAUUAUAUGACUUUCAAAGAAAAAUUACUUUCUCUAAGAAUGAGCGGCAAGAUUCAGCCUCCACCGUUCUCUUGGACAAAAGAACACCGUAUGAAUCGCUUUUAGAUAUGUCAAAUGAAGAUCAGCUUAUUGAUAAGUUGCUACAUUCGGGAGGAAUGAUUGCAGACAAGUUAAAAGGAUCCAGGCAACAAAUUAUCCUUGUAGCUUCACUCAUCGAUCGGAUACCUAAUCUUGCUGGGUUGGCCCGGACAUGUGAGGUAUUUAGAUCAGCAGGACUAGCUAUUGCGAACAAAAAUAUAUUAACUGACAAGCAGUUUCAACUUAUCAGUGUAACAGCGGAAAAAUGGGUUCCUGUUUUGGAAGUCCCGGUGGAGAGUAUGAAAGUAUUCUUGGAGAAAAAGAAACACGAGGGUUUUGCUAUCUUAGGUCUGGAGCAAACUGCAAAUAGCAUACCACUGGACCGGUACAAUUUUCCUACAAAAACAGUAUUAGUUGUUGGUCGUGAGAAGGAAGGAAUACCAGUAGAGAUAAUUCAUAUGUUGGACGCUUGCAUUGAAAUUCCGCAGUUAGGAGUCGUUAGGUCUCUUAAUGUUCAUGUCAGUGGUGCUAUUGCACUUUGGGAGUACACUCGACAACAGAGGAUGCUCUAACUCCAACAUCGCCACUAUACUUUGCAAAUGCCAGAAUUCUUUUGAAUUACAGUCUUUUCUUUUUGUUCAAAUUUUGUAUUGAUCAUUUUAGUAAAUGAUUAUCUCAUCAUAACAGUUGUUUCUUA